GGCGUAGUAAGAAUACUCGCCACGACUUCCUGUUUGAAGUUGUACGUUACAACAAAGGGAUAGUGUGGUUAUAUUUUAUAAACUUUUUUUUUUCAUGGAGUGUAUAAUGGCGGAUACUACAGCACAGAAGGUAAAAUCUUUUAUAUUACAAUUGGAACUACAGAGAACAAAGUUUAUCUUGCAGGUUCAAGAAUACAAAGAUUCUUUAAAGACAAAGGCUGAACAACUGUUAUUGAAAGGAUUUCCAGAGAAGAUUGUUAAGUUGAAUGAAUUAUUGGAAACCCCUGGCUUCCGUAAUAGGAAAUUGUCAAAUGUUCAUCAAGACUUAAAUGUGCCCAUUCCAGAUCCUAUUAUUCUUAAUCAUUCCGAAAAUGAGUCUGCUGCAAAGAAACGAAAGGUAGACAAUAGUAUAGAUGAUACCAGUGGAACCAAAGUGAUGGUAUUACCAAACGGACCUGUACCAUGUAACAAACCCUUAUGUGAUCUUAUUCACAUAGUUAAACCUUAUAUUCGACAACUAUUAGAAGAUUCUAAUUUGCUGAAAAUGUGGAUCUCGUUUUUGAUUCCAAAAAUCGAAGAUGGUAACAACUUUGGUGUAUCAAUUCAAGAAGAUACACUUGCUGAAAUACAAUCAGUGGAAAGCGAGGCUGCCGCAUUUUUCGAUCAAAUAUCAAGGUAUUUUAUCUCUAGAGGCAAAAUUGUUAGUAAAGUUGCAAAGUAUCCACACAUCAGCGAUUAUAGAAGAGCAGUUCAAGAAUUAGAUGAGAAAGAAUAUGUAAGCUUAUGGCUAGUUAUGUGUGAAGUCCGUAAUCGUUAUUGUUCUCUGCACGAUUUGGUAAUCAAGAACUUAGAGAAGAUUAAGAAACCACGUUCUUCCAACGCGCAAUCCUUGUAUUAAACAUUAGCUUCAUAUCCUAUUUCUAUUGGAUGAUGUACAGGAUUGUAUUAAAAAGAAAGAAACAAAAAAACAGAACGAAAUUAUGCUAAGAAGAGGAUGUCAUUCUCGACUUUUUAGUAAAUAAGUUUGAUGAAUUAUUUCCUUUUUUGAUUCAAUGGUCUUGACGUUGAAUCAUUAACAUUCACUUGAGCCAUAUCCGAAACAAUCAGCAGCUUAACAAGAAAUAUUAUGCACAUAAAGGAAAAUAUGUUUAGCAUAGUUUAUGGAGACAUACCCAAAUGCAGUUGAUUAUAUUAAAACUUAUAGUAAUUUUGGAUUUUAAUUGUUUAAUUAUUGCAAAAUUUCUCAAGAGUUCAAUUUUUCUAUUUUUUUUCUUUCAUAACAUAGAUUUUUCUCAUUAUCAUUACUUCCUUAAUUUUUAUAAAUUCCGCUAUUUAAUUGCACGGUGUGACGUACUUAUCUAAAAUAGAUCUAAAAGUAUUGGAACCUUUUCAUAUAUCUAAAUUUAGAAUAUAGUUAAGCAUGUAAUUUAUAAUUUACAACUGUAAUAUCAUUAGAACAUAAAUCGAGAUAUGACAAA